UAAGGUAAGCACACUCAGGCACUACUCCGCGAUCUGAUAACCAAAAUUAUCAGGAUAAGUUCAAAUAAAAGGCCAUUAGUUAUUUACUUCCCCAUUGCAAUACCACAGGUACUGGUAUAUUACUAAUGUACAUACAGGUAAUUAUUUGACAUAGUAGGAACACUCAGAUCGAUGAUGACGAAACUGAAACACUUCCUCUUGGUGAACGCUGUGUGCUUUCUUUUGACUCAAGCACGGGCUCAGUCCACCGCAGCAGCGCCUGUAGGACAAGGAUGCGGGACCACCGAGUUCUCCAGCCAGACAGGUGUGAUAACAUCCCCGGGAUAUUGUGGACAGGGGGCCUGUCAGUAUCCACCCAGUAUCACGUGCUGGUAUACGGUCUCUGUCCCCGGUGCAUGCAAAAUAGAUCUUAUUUUCACGAAUUUUGAUUUGGAAAAUGGAGGAUGCAAUUAUGACUUUCUGAACAUAAGCUUCAAGCAUUUGGGGUCUACCAAUUCUACCACAUUUUGCGACAGUAAAUUCUCUGUGACAGCACCGCAGAUAAACGUGACAUCUAUUGUUAUAGAGGACAACAGUUUUAAUAUGACAUUUGUCAGUGACAGUUCGUCUACAGCAGAAGGGUUUCGCUUGGAGUAUGAAGGAUAUUUGUGCACGACUCUCGUGCAGACAGACGGCACCACAGAACACCACGAAACAACUAGAGAAGUCACUACUGCACACUGGCAUGCGAUUACGUCUGAAACAAUAUUAAUACCAAAAACAACUCAAAAGACAACUGCAAUAUUCAAAGCAAUUUCAACAGCACAAAAUAAAGUAACUGCAGCGAUAACAGUGCCCAAAACAACAACAAUGCAGUCAUUUGCGUCAACUCGGAAACUUCAUACCAGUCCAAGUGUCAUAUUUAUCUCUUCCAAAACUCUCUCAACAACUCGGAUAUUUACGACGACAUAUGACAAGAUAACUUCGAGCUCUACAAAUAAAGAAGUUACUACAUCGAAAAUGGGAAAUCCUGAUUCAGACAGGGGGUCCCAAAACAAGAACCCAAUGAUAAAUUUCCCCGUCUGGAGCUGGGUUCUCAUUGCUGUAGGAGCGUGUUUGCUGGUGGUGGUAGAGAUUGUGUUUGCGGUGCUGUACACGAAGAGGAAUAGAGACAAUCAGCCUCGUGAAUAUAGUGACAUGGAUGAUGAUUCUAUCAUGGUGUCUAAUCAGCCGAAUUCAAAACCGCCUGAGCUAGUACGCUAUGAAGCACGAAAUUCAGAGCAAAACAGCAAGGUUAGCUUCGGAGUCGAAGUCACCAUAUUUUCAAAUGGAGCAUUUGUACAUUAGAUACACGGACCUUAUGGUUAUGUCUAUAAAUAACUGGUCGCACAAUGCAGAAUUAGUACAAGUGCUUCAUAUUUAUUCGAUAUUUAAGAGCGCUAUAGUCUUCGUAUUGCAUGUUCUUAAUUGCCGCUUAAAAUUAUUUUAGGCAACAAAUUGAUUACCCAAUUCACAAACAAUUUAGGGCGUAUUCAACUCUCUCUCUCUCUCUCUCUCUCUCUCU